GCCGCAGCGCCGGCCGCCGCUCCGGCUCCGGCUGCCGGGCAUUUAAAGGGGACGCGGCGGUGGCCCGGGGGGAUGGGGGGCAGGUGGAGGGGACGGCCCAGACGCACAUCAUCCACAGUCCCUCGGGACUGGAGGGACUCGUGAGCCGGAGCCCAGAAACCCGGGGGUGGAUAAGACACCGCGUCCCCUCCAAAUCCCGUAAGCACCCCUUGCUCCAUCCUGCGCCCAAAUACCUCAGCUAGCCCCUGUCCCCAUUCCUUACACUGCAAACUCAGCCGGGACAAACCUCUGCCGCCGUCGCCCCCACGAGCUUCUGAGGACAACUAAAGGCCAACGGAGUCCCUACAGGUGGUGCCCAAGGUGAUGUACUGACAAUGAGCGGGUGUUUUCCAGUUUCUGGCCUCCGAUGCCUGUCUAGGGUCUUGGAUGUGCCAGCACCCCUGGCCGUGGCCCGCUAACCAGCCUCUCCCGGGCCGGCUCCCCCCGCGCCCCCUCUCGCUUGCUCCCUCCUCCUCCUCCUGCUGUUCUCCCCCCUGCUCCCAGGACGGCGGGAUGGCCUCGCAGGGCGCGCCUCGCUUCCUCCUGAUCUUUGACUUCGAUGAGACUAUCGUGGACGAAAACAGCGACGACUCAAUCGUGCGGGCUGCGCCCGGCCAGCAACUGCCCGAGAGCCUACGUGCCACCUACCGGGAGGGCUUCUACAACGAAUACAUGCAGCGAGUCUUCAAGUACCUGGGCGAGCAGGGAGUGCGGCCACGGGACCUGCGCGCAGUCUACGAAGCCAUCCCCCUGUCGCCGGGCAUGGGCGACCUGCUGCAGUUUGUGGCCAAGCAGGGUGCCUGCUUCGAGGUCAUUCUCAUCUCUGAUGCCAACACCUUUGGUGUGGAGAGUGCGCUGCGUGCCUCUGGCCACCACGGCCUGUUCCGCCGUAUCCUCAGCAACCCGUCAGGGCCAGACGCGCGGGGACUGCUGACGCUCCGGCCCUUCCACACACACAGCUGUGAGCGCUGUCCCGCCAACAUGUGCAAGCACAAGGUGCUCAGCGACUACCUGCGCGAGCGGGCACACGACGGCGUGCACUUCGAGCGCCUCUUCUACGUGGGCGACGGCGCCAACGACUUCUGCCCCAUGGGGCUGCUGGCGGGCGGCGACGUGGCCUUCCCGCGCCGGGGCUACCCCAUGCACCGCCUCAUCCAGGAGGCGCAGAAGGCCGAGCCCAGUUCCUUCCGCGCCAGCGUGGUGCCCUGGGAAACAGCCGCCGAUGUGCGCCUCCACCUGCAACAGGUGCUGAAGACGUGCUGAGGACGGUCGCCUGCAGGGGGCGCCCCGGGCGAACGGGCAGGGAAGGGGGCGGGGAGGGGGGAAAUGGGAAAGACAAACCUAGUUUUACUACUCCCUU